CAUUUCAGGAGAACACGCAUUCUUCCUAUUUCGUGAAAAGAAAAUUAUUUAUUUAUUUUAUCAGCUCUUCCAGUUGCGGCUUGAAGAGUCACCAUGACACCUUUGACACAAAAUGGUAUUGAAGAGGCAUUCGCUAGUGAGGAUGCGCUAAAGCAUGCAGCCACCAAAGUUAGUACUAAUAUCAUCAAUGGCGUCUAUGAUAUAUCACAUGUUGUGGAGCAAAUGGGUUUUGCUCUGACUUCACCAACAUUAGAGCAGCGCGUUAAUGGAACGAAGCUUCUUUCUUUUGUGCUGCAAGCUUUACCCAAGGACUAUCUCGAUAGAAAGCAACUAGAGUUCGUUGCUGAUUUUUACACGGAUCGGUUGAAAGACCAACAUAGUGUGCUACCUGCUGUGAUCGAUGGCAUCCAUGCAUUAGUGGAAAUGAAGGAAUUGCCCGCGGAAUGUGUGCCAAAAAUUUUGAAUACAUUCUUCAAACACACCUCUUGCCAGUCACAUCAACGUGCUGAACGGGGGAAGUGGUUUAAAAUUUUAAAAUUCUUAGCAGAGCAGUAUGAGAAAGAGCUAAAGCAAAUGUCUGGCGAUUUUAUGUAUGGAUUGAUAAAUUCUAUCGAUGGCGAACGCGAUCCCCGAAAUUUAGAUUUUAUCUUCACUUUCAUGCCUGACUUGAUAAAACGCUUUUCGCUUUUACAUUUGGGCGAAGAAAUGUUUGAAAUAUUUGCCUGUUAUUUCCCAAUUGAUUUCACUCCGAAUCGCGAGGAUCCCAGCGAUAUUUCGCGCGACAAUUUGGCUGCCAAACUAGCGGACUGUUUGGUAGCAUCACCUGAAUUUAUUGAGUGGGUAGUACCAUUGGCAUUGGAAAAAUUGGAGAGUGAUUUAGUCGUCGCGAAACUGGACUCGUUGGACCUACUUCGUAAAUCAGCACUUAAGUUUACACCGAAACUACUAUCUCAGCAUUUUGAACCCAUCUGGACAGCAUUAAAGAACGAAAUAUUCCCUGGUGGUGAUAAUACAGAUAUUGUUUCGGGUGGUCUUGUGCUAUUGCGCACAAUUUUGGAGCAGGCAUACUCAACUCCAGAUAUUAGCCAUAGUUACCAAACCACUGUCCUAGGCACCAUUUUGCCGCACCUAAGCGAUGUCAACCAGCGCCUCUACAAUCCGUCGGCGGCAAUUGCAUUGGUUUGCGUUGCGGGCGAUCCGCUUUUUGCAAGCGGUCGUAUACUUAACACUUUUCUAUUGAAACUUAACACCAAAAUAGCAAGUACUGACCGAGAGGGCAAAGAAGAGGCGUUCACAGAAACCUCCUCCUACAACGAAGAGCAACGGAUCAAAGUGUAUACGAUAAUCGCUCAACUUUUCAAGAUAGCUGCAUUACGAAAUUGUUUGGAGCAGCUCAACAAAGAGACAUGUGAACAAAUACACACUGACGUUAUUGAAGUUUUACGCCUAAAAAUAAACUCCGAUGCCCAAGAACAAAAUAUCGACCUAAAACACGCUGCGCUAAGUGUGCUUACCGAAAGUGUACCUGUGAUCAGUGAACCAAAGCGCGCGCUCCUUUACAAAGUGCUCCUACAACUUGUUACCCAUGAUUCACUUGAGUUGCGAUGUAUAGAACUUCUGGAGUUAUUGGGCGCUUGCCAUCCCGUCGAAGUGCAGUCAAAUUGCAUCGAUGUGCUAGCACGCAACUUUUCUAUAUAUCCGAAUUUCGUAAAGCGCAAAGUAUUCCAGCAUUUGCUACCUUUAGUGGUACAAGCAGCAUUUACAUCGCGCGUACUUGAUUUGGUGUGGUACUACGCUUUCGGACAUGAUAUACCACAUGAUGUGCAACUAAUCGCGCUUGAAGCGCUUAAUAUGCUUUUAAAUAGUAAUGACAAAUGUCUCAUCGUUGAACUGCAGGCUAAUAAUUGCCUUAUUGCCAAGCUAGUUGCAUUGGCUUUGGGGCCCGCACCACUUACAAUACCUGUGUUGGAGCAAAUAGCAGCAGCACUUUGUCGUAUCGAACAACAUUUGUCUGUUUCAGAACAAUACAUAAUUGCAACUGAGUACCUGUCCCAGCUGAAAUUGCAGUCUGCAGCCCACUUAUAUGUGGCUAAAGGGCUACUAAGUCGCUUGCAUCAAGACAUAACACUAGAUGACUUCCUGGAGUGGCUACUGAGAGAUUUGACGCAGGUGUCAUUAAGCACUGACGAAGUGGAUGAUAAGAAAGAAAACAUACGCACCGUUGCACGCCAGUUGCUUUGCAGCCUGGUUAACCGGAUAGAAGAAAACGAAAAAAAUCGUUCGAAUUUAAAUAAGAUUUUAGCGAUGUUGAAAAAUCAAAUUAAGGAUGAAAACGCAUUGGCUGUAGAGACACUAGCAUGGUUGGCCAAAGGACUAAUUGUAUGCGGCAGCGAGCUAAUAGCCGAAAUUAUUGAAACACUUACCGAAUUGUUGGACCAUCCCACCUUGGCCUCGGGUGCAACUACCGCGUUUAAAAUAAUAGCUGCAGAAUGUGAUGAGCUAUUUCUAACUAGAGUAAAAUUUCUAUACAAGCAAAAGCUUUUCGUUGUGGUUUUGAACAAGUUAGGCGCUAAGCUAGAAGCACAUUCCGAACGUCAUCUUAUUGCUUUUAUAUAUGUGUUGAAAAGUGCGCCUCAUGUCGUGCAGAAGAUGAACAUUGAGAAGAUUGGUCCAUUGCUAUUUAAAUCGCUUGAAUACGAUCACACCAAUAUGCUGUGUAUUUCUCUAGAUAUUUGUGAGCGAUUUGUCGCAGCAGGAGAUGAAUACUUUCUUAGACAUUUGAAUCAUAUAAUACCGAGCUGUUUACAGUUAGCAAAAUACCAAAAAUCUAUGAAAGUGCGCAUCGGUGCUUUAAAUCUUCUACACGAUAUUACCAAAUAUCCAACGCAUGUGCUGUUAACGCAUAAACUUGAUGUCGUGCUGGAACUGGCGGUACCAUUAGAUGACCGUAAGCGGUUAGUUCGCAAUGCAGCUGUUCGUACGCGAAACGCCUGGUAUUUGGUGGGUACAAACGCUGCCAGCGAGUAAAUGCACAAGUGGCCGCUGUGAUGCAUCGGACGGAUACGCUAUUUUUUCGUUUUUUUUUUUUUAUUAUUUAGGUUCGAUUUACUAUAAAGUUCAUAUAGACAAGUACAAUAACAUAUUAGUAAAAUAGACAAAAACAAAUGCAAAGACGUAAAUAUCUAAAAAUGCGUGUUUGUAUACGCGAAAGAGUUAAAAAAAAACUCUU